UCUCUGUUUCUCACAUUUACAAUCCAUAUAUAUCUACAGUCUCGUUUUCAGCUUCAUCACUCAUCGAUCGACACGCUAUGGAGUUAUUCACCAAAACCAACGUGGUGAGGCUGCGGAGCCACCUUGACAAGUAUCUCGUGGCCGACGCAGACGGCAGCAAGGUCCGCCAGAGCCGCAAGGCCUCCGGCCGGGGAGCGCGGUGGACGGUAGAGGAGAUCACGGACGGAGAAAGCAAAAAGGUACGCCUCAGGAGCUACCACGGAAGAUACUUAACGGCGACGGAGGCGCCGUUUCUGUUUGGGAUGACAGGAAAGAAGGUGCUCCAGAGGGAUUUCGAGCCCGGCGCGGACUUCAAGCACGACUGGGAAGUGACACGCGACGGGUUCCAGGUGAAGUUGAUGAGCUGGAGUGGAAAGUUCCUGCGCGCGAACGGAGGGACGCCGCCAUGGCGGAGCAGCGUGACGGUGGACGAGCCGCACAGUUCGGCGACGAAGGAUUGGGUUCUGUGGGACGUGGAGACUGUGGAGGCGGUGGAGGAGUUGGUGGAUGAUUUGUGCGACAGCACGGUUUCGUCUGUCGCUUCCGAUGAUUUCUCCGUCGAUUCGGAACCAGCGUCGCCGAUGUCCGUUUUUUCCCUCAAGUCGCCGCCGGCGAGGCGGAACUCGAACCUGAUGCUGCAGGCAAUAACUUCCAACAAGUUCAGAAAUGGCAUGGACUUCUUCCACCGCGCCAAGGCGGUGCGCCUCCGCAGCCACCACGACAAGUACUUGCUGGCGGAGGACGACGAGGAGUCCGUCACGCAAGGCCGCAACGGCUCCUCCAAGAGCGCGCGCUGGCUCGUCGAAUACGUUCCCGAAUACGACAACAUAAUUCGCCUGAAAAGCUGUUACGGAAAAUACCUCACAGCCUCCAACAUCAACUUCCUCCUGGGCAUGACGGGCCACAAGGUCCUCCAGACCCUCCCUCAGAGGCUCGACUCCUCCGUCGAGUGGGAGCCCAUCAAGGACGGAGGCCGCGUCAGGCUCAAGACUCGCUACGGCAACUUCCUCCGCGCCAAUGGGGGCGUGCCGCCCUGGAGAAACUCCGUCACGCACGAUAUUCCUCACAGGACCGCCACCCAGGACUGGAUCCUCUGGGACGUGGAGGUCGUCGAGAUUUAUGUCAACUCUCCGGCGAAUAGCAGUAAACCCUCUGCUCCCCCGUUGCCAGGUUCCGACCCUGUUCCAGUCCUGGCCAGCGCGCCGGUUCCCCCACCACCAUCAUUGUCUGCCAGCUUUACAAGGCAACAGUCGAAUGAAUUGAAUGGUUUGUCACAGAAGAUGGAAGGGCGGAUUAUUUACUACAAUAUUGCUGAAGAUAACGGGGAGGUGUUGGAUGAAGGUUCGCAGGGCUAUUCUUUGAUUUUCAAAGGGAAUGGAGUUGAAGAAUUGACUCGAAAGUUUGAGGAAGAGACAGGUCUAGAGGGAAUCAUUGUAUGUAAUCGGAGUCCUUUGAAUGGAAGGCUUUAUCCUCUUCGCUUGCAGCUUCCACCAAACACCGUGACCAUGCGAGUUGUUUUGGUUCUUCCCAUGUCAAAUGUGGCAAGAGACUUAGAGGCAGAAGGUUUACUGUGAGAAGCCUAUGAAUUUUGCAACGAAAGUCUAUGUAUGAGUACCCAUUGAAGCCACCGUGAGUUUUCCUAGAAAGUAUUGAGUAUUUAGGAAUAUGUUGUAGUCCAUUGCCUUCAUUAAGCAUAGCUCAUCGUGGUCCUUGGAAGAAGCAUGUGGAUUAGGGGAAUAUUUUUGUUUGACGGUUUAUGUAAUUUUAUGGCGAUACUUCGACAUGUAAAUAGUUCACAAUUUUUUGUCACCGAUAGAAGAUUAUUUUUAUUCUUCAGAAAUAUAGCAGCAUUUGUUUAAUCGAAGUUCA